GCUCCAAGCCGGGCGCGCGGAGCCCCGGGCGCACGGAGCGGCGCGCGCCGGUGGCCGAGCCAGGCUGGCGCCCGCGCCCCCACCGCACCGCCGCCGUCACCCGCCGCGCAGCCCGCGGGGCGCCCUUCCCGCUCCACUGGCUCCGGCGCCUGGGCCUCCGGCCGCGGUGCUGCCGCCCUCCGCCCCGCCGUCCCGCCCCGUCCAGCCCGGGCCGCCCGGCUCCCGCAGGCCCCAGCGCCCGCGUUCCUAUGGACAGACGCACAGACACCUGCAGGAAAGACACUGCUGAUCCUGUAACAUGGAGGAUUGCCUUCACACCUCAUCUGAGAACCUGUCCAAAUUGGUCAGCUGGGCCCACAGCCAUGGGACUAUUUGCAGCCUCAUCCCAAACCUGAAACACUUGCUGUCUGAAGGUUCCCAUGGGAACCUGACUGCAAUGUGGGGCUGCAGUGCUGGUCACGCUUACCACUGGCCACUAACAGCUACUUGCAGAGCUGGGUCCCAAGAGAGGGUUUGUUUCCAGGACAACCGAAGUUUUAAUUCUGAUAGUCCCAGUAUAAUCGGGGUGCCUUCCGAGACACAGACUAGCCCUGUGGAGAGGUACCCCGGGAGACCUGUGAAGGCAAAGCUGGACUGUAACCGGACCAGAGACUCUUGUGACUUCUCCUACUGCAGUGAGCCCUCUGAGCUGGACGAAGCUGUCGAGGAGUACGAAGAUGAAAACACACUGUUUGACAUGGUUUGUGAGUCUUCUGUUACAGAUGAGGACAGUGACUUUGAACCCCAAACCCAGAGGCCGCAAAGCAUUGCUCGCAAAAGGCCAGGAAUAGUCCCAUCUUCUAUCCAUUCAAGUUCCCAGGGACAGAUGGUUGAUGAGUGUAGUAAUGAUGUCAUCGUCAAGAAAAUCAAGCAAGAGAUUCCAGAAGAUUAUUACAUUGUGGCAAAUGCAGAGCUGACUGGAGGAGUGGAUGGACCAGCCCUUUCAUUGACACAGAUGGCAAAGCCCAAGCUUCAAACUCAUGCUGGUCCCUCCUGUGUAGGGUCUGCUAAACUGAUUCCCCAUGUCACAUCUGCCAUCGGUGCGGAGCUAGACCCACACAUUAUGUCAGCAUCCCCCUCCGUGAUCUCCAGACCAAUCAUCCCAAAGACUGCUAGGGUAUCUCUGGCUUCACCAAACAGAGGACCCCCUAGCACUGCCCAUCAGGUGAGCAUGCAGAUGCCUGUGAGCACAUCACAUCCUAACAAACAGAUCAGUAUCCCUUUGUCUGCCCUUCAGCUGCCUGGACAGGAUGAGCAAGUUGCUUCUGAGGAGUUCCUGCCCCAUUUGCCUAGCCAGGUCUCAUCGUGUGAGGUAGCCCUUUCUCCCUCGGUUACCACAGAGCCUGAAGUGAGCUCCAGUCAACAGCAGCUCCCUGUUGCUCCAACCAUAACCACUGAGGCCACUGCACAGUGCAUUCCAGACCAGGAUGAAAGAGCAGCUGAGCUCAGCAGGGAGCAGAAUGAGAAAACCAUCCGGAGCACGCAGACCGCGCUCCGCAAUUUCCGGGAGUUCCUCAUCUCCAAGUACCCUUCGGAAACCAGAGAGAUCUAUGUCAUCCCUUGCAAGGAGCUAGAUGCCUACCUUGCCUCCUUCUUCGUGGAUGCCAGGCAGAAGGAUGGGUCUGAGUACGAACCCAACAGCUUGGCAAAUUACCAGUGUGGGCUGGAACGGUACCUGAAAGAGCACCGGUAUGGCUACAGCAUCACCAGGGAUAAGGAGUUUAAGCGUUCCCAGGAGGCCCUGAAACAGAAGCAGAUUGAGCUCCGCUGCAAAGGAAAAGGAAACAAGCCACACAAGUCCAUGAAGCUCACCUUUGCCGACGAGCUCAUACUGCGGAAGAGAGGACUGCUGAGCCGGUACAACCCUGAAGGUCUGCUCAACCUUGUCUGGCUUAACAAUACAAAAGCUUUUGGCCACUGCACAGGCUUCCAUGGAUCUACCUUGAAAUGGGGCGACAUCCGGCUCCGGGUCACAGAAACCGGGCUCGAAUAUUUGGAAUGGAUGGGUCAGGACACUGGUGAUCUGAAUGCCAAAACCAAGAGAGGAGGGACAGACUCACGAGUUUAUGCCACCCAGCAUGCCCCACAGACUUGCCCGGUGCAGGACUAUAAAGAAUAUGCCCAGCGGAGGCCUCCUGCCAUGCGCUAUGAGGAUGCCCCCUUCUACUUGUCCAUCAAGCCAGUUGUGAACUUGGCGGCUCUGCAUUGGUACAAUUGCCAGGCCCUUGGCAAGAACAAGCUAGCCAAGAUGGUGAAAACCAUGUGCGAGAAGGGCAACAUCCCGGGCAGGAAAACCAACUUCAGCGUCUACCAGAGCUGUAGCACCUUGUCUGAGGCCCAGAGCAACCAGCUGGUUCUCAUCUGCAACAACCUGAGCCAGCAGGCUGCCCAGUCAGUGGCAGGCCGCUCCAACAGCGGGAAUUUCAUUGUCUCCUCUUACGACUCUUCCUCAGACACAGCUUGACCAGGUGGCUUGCUCAAGACCUCACUUUGGUUUCUGUGUCCCAAGAAACUAUCACUGUAUACUGCAUUUCGUCGCCUUUCACCUCCCCUCAGUGUUAACUUUAUAAAAUGCAAAUCUCUAUUUUUCUUUUUACAGAUAAGCCAAUGGCAAUAGUUUAGUAUCACUAACACAGUAUUUAUAGGCUUGAGACAAAUAGGUGUGCUUGUGGGUGAUUCCAUGUAAUUGCUGUUACAGACUUGGCAAAACCAUAGUGGUUCUCAGGCAAUGGUAGAGAAAGAAUUCCGUUUUGAAAAAACCGUCAGAAAGGAAACUGAGUCAUUCAAGACACCAUGUCCCCGCUCCUCCUGGCCUCCUCACGCCCCGCUUUUAAUCUUCUUCACAGAUGGAUUUAUUUUUUUAAUUUUUAAAAAUUCUAUAUGCAUCUGGAGGAGACAACUUUACUGUUCAUGCAGGAUGUUGCUGAGCCAGAGCAGAUCAUGAAGGGGGUAUCAUAAGCUCAGCGUCAAGUUAUUUACAUAUAUUUUUAGUGUAGAGUUUUAAGCUCCUGGACCUCACUUUUCACCAUAUAUGGAGAUCCCAAUGUUUAACAAACUUUUCUUGGGGGGGGGGGGCACGGCGUGUAGAAGGAAGAAUAGAGGUGCCAUUCUUUUUUGGAAGACGCCUCAUUUCUAAAUAAUAUGCAAGUUCUGAUAGCGUGAGGGGUGGGGAGACUUAUGUUACACAGCUCAUUUUUAGUGGUGUGAUUGGACCUGUGGAGGAUGCUCUUUUUCCCCAAGUCAGUGUAAAUGAGUUUGAUCAUCAGAUUUACAAGAAGUUUCAAACUUUCAAGAACUUUGAAAAUAUUUCCAAGUGUUAGAUUGUCCAUCAAGAAUGAAGGAGAAGGUAGAAAAUGGAGGCCCCACUAAAAAUCUGGACACCUUGGUGGACACAGCAAGCUGCAGGAUCCUGUUACUAUGUCUAAGCAUUAAAUCCAGCUCUUUUCCCUAGGCAAUCACUUGACUCUGUGCUUAAGAUCAAAGGAGCAUUGACACUCAUGUUAAAUCACAAUAUUUAGUUACCAGGCUUAGCAGAAGUCAAAGCAUUCUUGAGUUUCUUCUAAGUAAAUAGAAAUGCAUCUAUCUGUGGUAAUCUGUAGUUGAAAUAAUUUUGGUUAAACAUUUGUGGUGGUUUUUCUAGUCUUUGUUUUCAAGUCUUGAAGAUUGUAGUGAAUUAUUAAUUAAAACACUUCAAAAAUCAAAUAAAUUUAGUCAUUAGAGCCACAGUAAGACUGAACUGGGUUCCUUCCCAUUCUAUGCAAUCAGUAAUAUAGAAGGGCUCUGAAAACCAGCAUUGGUUUGUCACAGUUGAGCACCCUGUUGGGGAGCUGUUUAUUCUUCAGAUCAACCUUAUCACUCACAUUAGCUUGGAAGAUAGGUGGUACUUUAUUAUCUUCUGAUAUGAAAAGAGAAAUAUUUUCAUUUGCUUUACUAAAUUGUCACAGAGCCGAGCUUUCCCAUGGCUAAGUGGCUCUUCACAUCAAUAUGUAAUAAGCACACAGGGCCUUUCUUCUAGGCUGUGGUCUUUAGUGCAGAAGUGGCAGGUCUGCCUGGGGCCUUGGUGGGUAGAAGUAACUUUAUGAGCUUGUCCUUCUGAGAGAAGCAUCAUUAAGAAAAGGUAUAUAUUUCUAUACAAGUAUUGUCUAAAUCCUUUGAGCAACCUAGAGAGGAAGCAAAUUAUUCUCAUUUUAUGGUGAAAUCUUAAGUCAGAUGAGGAAGGAGUCUGUCUUCUCACCCCAGUCUUUUCCUGUUCAUCUACGAGCUGGUUGUUGGUUUGGGUGGUUUGAGCCAGAAAUGAGAACAGUGUCUUUCCUUGCUGAAGGCUGUCUGGCUUCAGGAAUGCUGGGUGGUAUUUCAUGAUUGCACACGAUCCUCCAACCCGCCUCCCAUCGCCCCACUUACACACAGCUGCUUUCUCCCAGUUCCUCUGCAGACCCUCCCCACUCUUGGAGUCAGAUAAGCCCGCUGUAAGGGAACAUUUUGAAAGGCUGUUUUAUGUGGCAUACUUGUCAUUUUUUAUCGUCAUAGUUAUUAAAUCCUCGAUCAUGUUGGCAGCAGAGUUGGUUUUGAGGAAGGAAGCCUGUCACUGUGCACUCAACUAAGGAUGGAGCUAGGCAGUUCUGAGUCCCUGCUGGGGUUGUUGAGUCCUGAAGGGAGCAUCUGCCCUGCCUAAUCUCAAGUGCUACAUUUGCAUCAAGACAACUACAUCAA